UAUCAUUUAUUCAUUAAUAGAAAAGAAAAAGCAUCAAAGAUAAUUUUGUGUGAGCAAAUUUUCUAUGUAAAAUGAAAUCCAAAAUACACGCUUGUCUGCGUGUAACAAUAUCAAGGAAAAAUGUCUUCCAUUUUCAUACAGGCUUUAAAAGUGUUAUCACUUGUACGUCGAAACAUUUAUUAUGAAUUAUUUCCCCAGUUUGAUGUGGUGUCUCUUUUUCAGCGUCUCCAUACAGCUAGUCAGCAGAAGAAAGCAUGAAGUGCUCUAAAAUUUCCUGGUUAAUGGCUGCGUUGACUGUAGACCUCAGAAAACACAGUGGACCAACACCAGCAGAUGACAUGGUAUCCCAAAUCAUCACUGACUGUGGAAACGUCAUACUGGACCUCAAGCAACGUCGACUCUGUGCCUCUCCACUCUUCCUCCAGACUUUGAGACCUUGAUCUCCAAAUUAAUUGGAAUAUUUGCUCUCAUUUGAGAAGUGAACAUUUUUGAUCACUGGUCCAGGAGUGUCAGAUUUUGAUGCUCUGACUCCCCCCACAGUCCACGCUUUGCGAAUCUCCUCUAAAUUCCUGAAUGGACUUUACUUCACAAUCCUCCAAAGGCUCCGAAGUCUCCAUACUUUGUCCUUCAACCCAGCGUGGACACAGCAGUCGAUGUACAGCCCUCUUCUUACCAAUUAUUUUGUGGAUGUCCAGUUACAGUCUGGUAGACAACUAUCAAUUCUUCCCUAUGAUUGUGUCGUCCAUAGCUUAAUAUUACUGUAUUUGAUGUUUUUUUUUUAUCUGUCUCAUGCAAUUUUCAGAUUGAUCAAAUUAAGAGAAACACAUGUUUGCAUAUCCGAUAUUAAAAUGUGUGGAAAUUCCCCUUUUCAGCCAGGAGCUUGUGUUAUCACGUCCUGCCACUAGAUGUCACUGUCCUCCCUCAUUGCCUACAUGCGGCGGCAUGCAGAAGCCGCCCGGUCAGGGACUCCUGCGGCUCUCCCUCUGUAUAUUUGCGCCGAUCCGGUGUUUCCAAGAUUCAUUCAUCUCUGCCAGAGCUGCAGCUCGGUCUGCUCUGACAGCAUCUUACCAUUCAUUAACCCAGCUGUAUUCAUCCCUCCCUCUAAUCUAGUUGCGCGUCGUAUUUGUAUCUCCGUCUCAGAAGGUCAAACAUCCUUUUCAUCCACGGACCGAACUUUUUCUUCCCGUUCCACCACACCUGAUCCAUUUUCCCGUCGGGGAUUAUAUCUCCAAUCAGCGGGAGCUGCAUUGGUGGUGAGGUUUCUGACAAGACGCUUCAUCUGGGAGUACGAUCCAACACUGGAAUCAACGUAUCGUCAUCAAGCCAACAUUGACGAUGAAGUUGUCACCAUGGAGAUCCUGGACACUGCAGGCCAGGAGGACAUCCAGCAGAAGGAAGGUCACAUGCGUUGGGGUGACGGAUUCUUCAUUGUUUAUGACAUCACAGAUCGGGGAAGCUUCGAGGAGGUAGCUCCUCUUCGAACUCUCCUAGAGGAGGUGAAGAAACCGAAGAACGUCCCUUUAGUGCUGGUAGGCAACAAGUCGGACCUGGACCACAUCCGUCAGGUCACCACAGAGGAAGGGGAAAGGUUGGCGGCUGAAAUGGCAUGCGCCUUCUAUGAGUGUUCGGCCUGUGUUGACGAGGGUGGCGUCGUAGCCGAGGCUUUCCACGAGCUAUGCAGGGAGGUGAGACGUCGCAAAGCCGUCCAGGGCAAGGCCCGGCGUCGCAGCUCCACCACACACGUCAAACAAGCCAUCAACAAGAUGUUGACCAAGAUAAGCAGCUAGGGAACAGCCCUGCUGACGUCCAGUGAUGUAUUGAAAAUAUGUAUAUUGUUCUCAUGGAAAUAACUAGGACAAUUUCUGGUUGCAAAACGAUUGACAUAUGACUGAUUUAUAGUGGAAUGUUCAUGUACUUCAAUUAAUUUCCACUGAAAAAGCCAACAGUGCUAUGAGUCCACUCCUUGGAGGAGCCAGAAGAUCCCUAUGCUGAGAAGUUCUUGAUGUUUCCCUAUUUAAACCUUUAUGCUACUUCACAUUAAAAUAAUUCAGUGCACGGAGUUAUAUUGUUAGGGUGGGGAUAGGGUUAGGGUUAUUAUAUGUCGAGGCUAGGCAUGGGAUGGCAUCAGAUAUUUCCGGUAUGAGAAUAUUACAGCAUUCACAGAAUAAUUCAAUACCAAAAGUGUAUUACAUGAACAAAUAUCUUUUACAUUCUAUUUAUUUAUACAGAUUAGCCAGUUUUUACAACUUUAAACAGUGUUAACUUAAUAAGAUUGAGAAGUGGCACUAUUUUAGAUUGCAUACCACGACUGUCUGUAAAAGCUGAAUUCGUACAUGUUGGAGCUGAGAGAAAAGAGUACCACCUGACUGGCAGUGCACAGCUUCAUUUGGGGAAGUGUCCGCUCCAUCCAGCCAAAACUAAUUCUGGAACUUUUGUGGAAUCUCAUUAAAAUUACUUUGAACUGUAACAAUGGUCUGAUGGCAACCUUAGUGGUUUAAAACUCUAAGAUACAUUGAUAUUGGUAACAGGCACAUGCCUAGUUGAGAUUUUUAGCUUUUAUCUGUCAUUAUUCCCUCUUUAACCCCCUUUAAAUUAUUUCAUAAGCUGAGGGAUUUCUUAAACUGAUGCAGGUGGGAUAUCCUAUGUGACAUGCAUGGAAUCUAGGAAUCCAUGGUUAAAAGUUGCUUUAGUAUAACCUGUCUCUAGGGGAUAAAUAUGAUCUGCUUCAACAAAAGUGUGAGAACACUUCUGAAGCAUGGGUAAAAAAAGACUUUAAGUUUAGAGGAGUUUAGCUUGGUGAGAAUGGACCCAGUGUUCUUCAGCCAUCUCUUUCCUAGACGAAGAGGUAGAAUGUUUCCGUCCCCACCCUGGAAAUCAGCUUUCUAGUGAAUAUAGCUAAGUUGUAUUAAAAUCAGCUGUUCUGAAGUGGAUUCUCAGGCCAUCUGUUUUUCUGGGACACCCCAAAGAAGAGCUCCAGAUCAUGCCAGAGCUCACAACUCUAUGUUAUUGCUGUGUUCUGUAAAUAUACAAAUGGAAACUACACCACAUUCUAAGGAUAAAUUUCUGUUUAUACUGUAAACAGCAGCAUCUAUGAUAUAGUACACAACCUUAAGCACCGCUACAGUGAACCUAAAAGCGUCUACAGUGGAAGAUCCUGUAACUGUUUAAAUGUAACGUUUGCUGCCUGAAUAAAAACAAUCAGCUGUGCACUUGGAAUUAAAUGCUGAUAUAUCCAACCUGUUAAUUGCAAAAUGAGUAUGCAUUUUUGGUCACCAUAAUGUCGAUAUAUGACUGCAUGCAUGGCCUUUAACAUCAUUUCCAGGCAUAACCAGAAAUGCACAGAAAAAAAUUUUGUUGCCGAUUUCAAAACUCCAACCCUUUGACUUUCCGAUAAAAAAGUUUUCUGAUCGAUUCUCUUCAUGAGCAUUAUUUAAACAGCAUUCAAACACUUUUUAGCCUAUCUGCCGUGAGUGGUCAUUAUUACCUAUGCUAGGAUCAGAUGUAACGUCACACUGUGUGAGAGCAAUCACAAUUAAACUUUUAUUAUAUUUUA